GAAGUAGUAAUUACCCUCUGACAUUUUUUUUUAGAAAUCCUUUUUGUUUUUUAAUAAUAAUAAGUCAGUUGUCUUUCCUCAGCGCCGUUCAGUUACUCAGAAAGUUUUGAAACGCAGAAGAAAAUGGCAAUAAGACUCGGCUCGCAGCUCUUUGUUGGCAGAUUAUCAUGCUAUACCACAAAUCAGAAAUUGGAAAAGUUGUUUUCGCCAUUCGGAAUUGUAAAAGAAGCUAGGCUAGUUCUUGAUCCAAGAACUCAAAAGCCUAAAGGUUUUGGCUUUGUUACCUUUGAUUCAGAGAGCCAAGCACAGAAGGCCUUGAAGGCCAUGAAUGGCAGGCUCAAUGAAAGUAAUUACAAGUGUUGAAUUGAUUGGUCCCACUAAUGGAAAUUAAGUAAGUUGGACAUUCGGUUGAAAUUAUGCAAGGCUUACUAAUUUUGAAGUGUUGAUUAUAGUGAUUCGAUUUUUCAUAUCUACAAGUUCAUCCACUCUUCAGUUUCAAUAAAUAUGAAUGCAAGAGCAUACUUGAACUUAGCUCUUACAUAUAAUAAAGUUGUUUGGUGAAAUUAUGGUCCCUAAGAAGUUGAAUUCCUUGUUUCUCUGAUCGCAUAGUUUAUUUUCUUGUAUUGGAUUCUUUUCUUUCUGUUAAUGUAUUAUCAGUGUGAAUGCUUCAAAAUUCAUCUGCUGGGGAAACCAAAUAAUUUGAACAAAAGUGGUGUCUUCUGUGCUAAUUACUUAUUGGAAGCUGCCCUGGUAAUCUGGGUCUUUUUUAUAAUAUUGCUAUAUUAUAAGA